AUGUUGCAGAAGAUGGAUCACAUGUCUCCCAGGCUGAGAGCCUUCCUCUCUGAACCCAUCGGGGAAAAGGAUGUUGCCUGGGUAGAUGGGGUCAGCCAUGAACUUGCAAUCAAUUUGGUCACCAAAGGUUUCAACAAGGCCUACAUCUUAUUGGGACAGUUCCUUCUGAUGCACAAGAAUGAAGCUGAGUUCCAGAAGUGGCUCAUUUGUUGUUGUGGCGCCACUGAGUGUGAGGCAAAGGAGAGCUCUAACUGUCUGAAGGAGUGGUGUGCCUGCUUCCUGUAAAUAUACCUCCUCCUCUGCUGCCC